GGAAGCGACCCCCAGAGCAAGGGUUGUUAUGACUAGAUAGAAAAAAUCUCAGCCGGAAGCAGAACAGCCUGAAUAGCAGAGUACGAACAAGCAGAACGAGACAUGAACGGAAAAGAUGGAUUCGGCAAACUCCGAGGCAGCUUUUUUCAAUUCUUCAUCGACCGUCGACAAAAAGCCUAUUGACCUCUCACCGGCCCAAAUCAUUGUUCAUUCAUACGGUGGCUUGCGCAAUGGACACUGGAGCCUCCUCCUCUAUUGUGACGGACAACGCUUCGCCUAGGAAGCCAUUUUCUACCCUUGAACUAUCCCAACACGCAUUGAAGGCCCUUGAAGAAAUGGGGUUCUCUACCAUGACACCCGUACAAGAAAAAUCGAUUCCCUUGCUUCUCGCUGGCAAAGAUCUCCUAGGCGCUGCUCGUACCGGGUCUGGAAAAACGCUCGCGUUCCUCAUUCCGGCUGUGGAACUUUUACAUAGAUUAAAAUUCAAGCCUCAGAACGGGACUGGAAUCAUCAUCAUUUCGCCGACACGAGAACUAGCUUUGCAAAUAUUCGGCGUUGCGAAAGAUCUCAUGGCUCAUCAUUCGCAAACGUUUGGUAUCAUCAUGGGAGGUGCCAAUCGAAGAGCAGAAGCGGACAAGCUAGCGAAGGGUGUUAAUCUCCUGGUAGCGACUCCCGGACGGUUAUGGGAUCAUCUCGAGAGCACAAAAGGCUUCGUAUAUCGCAAUCUGAAGGCUUUGGUUAUCGAUGAAGCGGACAGAAUUCUUGAAGUAGGGUUUGAGGAGCAGAUGAAGAGAAUUAUAAAGCUCUUGCCUAACGAAAACCGGCAGUCGAUGCUAUUCUCUGCUACCCAGACAACAAAAGUACAGGAUCUUGCGCGGAUAUCACUUCGCCCUGGUCCUGUGCAAGUGGACGUUGAUAAGGAAGAGUCAACUAGCACUGUAUCGACGCUUUCUCAGGGCUACGUUGUAUGUUCCUCUGACCGACGAUUCCUCCUACUCUUCACCUUUCUCAGCAAAUACCGAAAGAAAAAGAUCAUUGUUUUCUUUUCCAGCUGUGAUUCUGUCAAGUAUCAUGCCGAACUACUCAACUACAUUGAUGUCCCGGUUCUCGACUUACAUGGAAAGCAAAAACAGCAGAAACGGACAAACACAUUCUUCGAGUUCAUCAAUGCUGAGUCAGGCAUUUUGCUGUCGACUAACGUUGCUGCUCGAGGAUUAGAUAUACCUCGUGUAGACUGGAUCGUCCAGUUUGACCCUCCUGAUGAUCCUCGAGAAUACAUCCACCGGGUUGGUCGUACAGCUCGAGCAGGAAAAGUGGGCAAAAGUCUGCUAUUUCUGCUCAAGAGUGAGCUGGGAUUCUUAAGAUAUCUGAAAGAGGCCAAGGUACCUCUCAACGAGUUCAGCUUCCCUGCAGAUCGUAUAAAGAAUGUGCAGAGCCAGCUCGAGAAGUUACUACAGAAGAAUUAUUUCCUUCACCAGUCUGCCAAAGAUGGCUUCCGGUCAUACCUGCAAGCAUACGCUUCAUACUCGCUCAAGAAGAUUUUUGAUGUGAAUGCGCUGGAUCUCGCCAAGGUUGGAAAGGCCUUUGGCUUCUCCGUUCCUCCUCGCGUCAAUGUGAAUAUCGGCGGUGGGAGCAGUAGUUUGUCAGCAAAGCGGAAACGUCCACACCAUGACGAAGAAGAAGAGUUUGAGGAACUAGAGUUUGAUGAGGCAGCACUGGACGACGGCGAGGAUAAACAGCUGGAGGUACGGGAACAUCGGAAUCAGGGUAAAAGUCGGCGGAUAGAGGCACUGGGAAGAAAAAGAGUCGAGAAAGAGGUGUACAAGAAGGGAAGAGAGCGGCAGAAGAUGGCGGCUAGUGGUCAGUGGAGUCGCUGAGAGACGUUGCGACAUUUAUUUUACAGUUUACUGCAUCUCUAGUAGUAAUAGCAUAUUUCCGUCAUCCAAAUCACGUGAACCGUCAUGGACCACGUUGCGCCAAACAUGGACAGCUGGCCACACCGGGAUU